AUGGCACAGAUGAACUUCUCUCAAAUUGAUCCCAAUGUUCUGGCUGCAAUGACAGCUAAUUUCUUCUCCCAGUUUCAACAGCAGCCACAGCCAGCUGCUCAAAACUUCACAUUCUCUCCCACAGUUGCCUCCACACCGCCCGUCACCACGAUUCCUCCUCAACCCUUCAACUUUGCAGCAAUGCUUCAGUCAAUGGCCGGACUUGGUUUGAUUAACACCGGCAGUGUACAAUCGCCUCUACUUCAACAGCCACAAGCUAUUCAACCGACCACCACAACUGUCAGUGGAACAAUGAACGUCGCCCCUCCGUUCGUCUUCACAGCUCCUCCGAUGACGGUUACUGUUAGCAGUUGCCUACAAGGAUCAUAA